CCAGGCAGGUUUGGAAUGGAUUACUAUGGAUGACGUAGGCCGGUACAAUUUUCGCCCCCGUUACAAUUUUUAACGUGACAGCACCAAAUGCUAUGGCCCCAAAAUCUGUGUAUCUUCCGUUCAAUCCAUAUCCGUUUGGAAAUCAAAACACGAAAAACGAAAAGUGACUUUUUAAAAAAUCAUCCUCGUUGGGAUAGCUUGACCAGAAAUUCAUCACAUGUAUUUCUCUUUUAAAACAUGUAUACCGGUGUAAUAGUCUCUGUAUGAGCUUUUACCAAUAAUAAAGUCGAGAGAACAGUUUGGGAAAGCUGAGCGGUAGGGCAACCGCCUCCCCUCUGCCACGUUCCCUCUUUGAAAUGAAGGGAGGCGACGAGCUGCUGCGCGGUGGAGGCGCGGAAACUCGCAAUAAUAUCAUAUUCCAACCUAAAUUGUUGUGCCGAUUGCCAAACAACUGAUGGGCCCAUGAGUUAACAAUAAUUAAUAACAUUAGCACACUUACCAGAUGUGGAGGUCUGUGGACUGUCUGUAGUAGACCAUCUUCAUUUUGUGUCUGCACUUUUUGCAUUUCACUUUUCUUUGCAGCAACCUUUUCUUUUGCAACCAUGUUAUCAACUUGAAUGAUGGUUUUUUUUACUCCUUGACAUUCACUUUUCUCAAAAGUGUUCCCACAAGCGAAGCCAUAGCACCGGUGGGCAGAGGAAAUAACUGAUGUUACUGGCACUGAUUUGAAAAUCUGGCGCACUUUUCUGUUAUUAGUUCAAUAUGUGGAGGUACGCUUGAUUUUUACAUCUAAACACCUCCCACCGCAAAGGUUGGGCUGAUUCCCUGGUUGAUGCCUGACUCAAUCAUAAUAAUCAAGCGCUUCUACCGUCCGAUUGGCUAAGCCGCACCGCCAACUCUGUGCCGUUGAAAGAAGCUAUUAGUCCGCGCAAAAUAAAUUGGAUCUUGUCGCUAUGUACCAGCAUAUGAUUUUCCAUCAGUUAAGUUCGGCGUCGCCUGGAAAUAUGAUGGAAAGGCCUGAGCGCUCUACCCGGGCAAAAGGACAGCGGGGGAAUGAAGGAGAAAGCUCCAAUAUGCCUACUGCUGUUAGUAAUAUCGAAAAUAUUCAACCACAUAAAGUGCAAUGGAAGAAAAGGUCGGAAGAGCUGCAGUCCCGAAUCAAUGAGCUGGAGGAGGAGAAUGCUUUGCUCAAGCAGCAGCUUGAGCAAAGGCCUUCAGCAAAUCAAGGUGAGAAAAUGGACAACACUGCCACCGACCCAGAGUCAGACACUGACUCGAGUUCCAACUCCAGCACUGACUCCACCGAUUCCAGGAGCAGUGAUACAAGCUCUUCCUCCUCUGAUGGCCGCAAGAAAAAGAGGAAGCACAAAAAGAAAAACAAAAAGAAGAGCAAAAAGGCUUCAAAGAACAAAGGACUUCGAGUGACAACAAUAUCGGAUGUUGUUAAAAGGUACCGCCGGGUCCUUAAACUAAUUCAAAAAGGACGCAAGAUGUCGAGGGCAUUCCUGAAGGCACGUGUUUCUAGAAACGCAGUUAAAGACACCGCAGCAAUCGCGGAGCUCUACAUUGCAGAGAGGAGUGUCCUGGAUGGAAUCAAAGGCGAACAGAGGCUCCUUCAUUUAGCAAAGCUCUGCCAGUCCAAAAUUGUUGUAGAACUUGCCCUUAAAAUUGAAGAGCUGAAGAGGAAAAAAAAACUCAUACCAUUCUCCAAAAAGGGUUAAAGGGACAGGGGUGAAAGG